ACCGUUGUAGUCGUCGAAAAGUCGUCGGAAUAUUCCGUCAAAUUUCCGACGAUAUGCCGAUGAAAAGAUAUAACCGUUACGGUCGUCGGUAUUCCGUCGGUAUUUUCCGACGAAUUUCCGACGAACCAAGUGACCGUUGCCGACAAAUAAAUAUGACCGUUUUAUAGCCGUUCGAGAUUGAAAAAUACUGACGGAAUUCCGACGGAAUGCUUUAUAUCUGUCGGUAUUCCGUCGGAAAGUCGUCGGAUGUCCGUAAGCAAUUUCCUAUAAAUGCAACCCCUCCUCAUUCAUCUCAUUCACACCUCAUUCUCUCUUCUUUCUCUUUAGUCAUAACAAUUCCGUGAAAAUCAUGUCUUCAGGAGCUUAUUAUCGUUCGUGGAUGGAUAAACCUCAUUUGGAUCCCAACACUAAUUUGCUUACGGAAGAAUACGUUCAAGGAAUUGGAGAAUUCAUGAGGCUUGUUCAACAGCAACCGGAUGCAAAAAGUGGUAUGUUAAGAUGUCCCUGCUCUACUUGCAAUAAUAAUAAGGUUAUAAAAGAAUUUGAUGUUUGGACUCAUUUGUAUAUGAAAGGGUUUUCACGUAAUUAUAAAGUUUGGUACCUUCAUGGGGAAACUGGUUAUGAAUAUGGUAGUACUAGCGAACCUCAGCCUGUUAGUGAACUUCAGCCUGAUAUUAGGUUAGAAGAACCUAGAACGGAUAUAGAUUAUGGUGUAGGUACUGAGCAGAUGGUACAUGAUCAUUAUAGAGGGGAAGAACCAAAUCCCGAAUCUAGGAGAUUUUUUGAUAUGUUAGAUGCAGGAAAACAACCUUUGUAUCAAAAUUGUAGAGAUGGUCAUUCAGUCUUAUCAUCUGCAACUAGAUUAAUGGGUAUUAAGACAGACUAUAAUUUGGCUGAAGAAUGCAUGGAUGCGAUUACUGAUUUUGUCAAAGGUAUUCUACCUGAGGAUAACCUUGCACCGGGUUCAUACUACGAGGUUCAGAAACUUGUAGCCGGUCUUCAACUACCGUACGAAGUGAUAGAUGUAUGUAUUGACAACUGCAUGAUCUACUGGAGAGCGGAUGAGACACGAAAUGUAUGCAAAUUUUGUGGGAAACCUCGUUAUCAGGAGACGAGGGGAAGAGUUCCGAUCCCGUUCAAAAGAAUGUGGUAUUUGCCUUUGACGGAAAGAUUGAAGAGGUUGUAUCAGUGUGAGCGCACAGCAAAAGCAAUGAGAUGGCAUGCAGAGCAUUCCACAAAUGGUGAGAUUAGACAUCCUUCAGAUGCGAAGGCUUGGAAACAUUUCCAGUCAACAUAUCCAGAAUUUGCGGAAGAGAGAAGAAAUGUUUAUCUUGGAUUAUCUACUGAUGGUUUCAGCCCGUUUGGAAAGCAUGGAAGACAGUAUUCUCUAUGGCCAGUUAUCGUGACCCCGUACAACUUACCGCCGAGCUUGUGCAUGCGACGAGAGUUUUUGUUUCUCUCAAUUCUCGUCCCCGGUCCAGAUCAUCCUAAAAGAUCACUAGAUGUGUUUCUUCAACCACUGAUAUAUGAGUUGCAACAACUAUGGGCGCAUGGUUUUGAGACAUACGAUGUUUCGUGCAAAGAAAACUUUCAGAUGCGGGCAGUACUUAUGUGGACAAUAAGUGACUUUCCAGCAUAUGGUAUGUUAUCUGGAUGGACAACACAUGGGAGGCUAUCAUGUCCAUAUUGUCAAGAUGACACCGAUGCUUUCCAACUAAAGAACGGAAGGAAAACGUGUUGGUUUGACUGUCACAGACGAUUUCUUCCACCUGAUCAUCCAUACCGCAGGAGUAAGACUUCGUUUACGAAGAACAAGCAGGUGUUUGAUGGUCCACCUGAGGAAGUUAGUGGGGAAAAUUUGUUGAAGCAGUUUAGGGAUUUUGAUGCAGAAAGGACGCCAGAUGUAGGUGGACAUGAAAACAUUCGAGUCAGUGCGGUUGGAGAGCUACAUAACUGGCACAAAAAGAGUAUUUUCUGGGAUCUGCCAUAUUGGAAGACUCAUCUAUUGCGGCAUAAUUUAGAUGUCAUGCAUAUUGAGAAGAACUUCUUCGACAAUCUGAUGAACACAGUCCUUAACAUCCAAGGUAAAACGAAGGAUAAUUUGAAGUCAAGGUUGGAUUUAGUCGAUAUCUGUGAUCGUUCUGAACUUCACGUUGAUGAGAACGGUACGGCCCCUUUUCCCAUUUAUCGGCUGGAUGGUGCUAGAAAAGAAGAGUUCUUUGAUUGGAUUACAGAUAAAGUGAAAUUUCCUGACGGAUAUGCAUCAAAUUUGGGGAACUGCGUUGAUAGAAGCGAAGGAAAGUUUAGUGGCUUGAAGAGUCAUGAUUGUCAUGUAAUUAUGCAGCGCCUCCUCCCGUUUGCUUUUUCAGCAUUAUUGCCACGUAAUGUUCAUGAAGCAAUUGCAGGGAUAAGUGUUUUCUUCCGCGACUUAUGCAGCAGAGUAGUGACUGAAGAGGGUAUUAAUAAUUUGAAGACAAACGCACCAGUCAGCAUGUGCAACCUUGAGAAGAUAUUUCCUCCAUCAUUCUUUGAUGUAAUGGAACAUCUUGCUAUUCAUCUCGCAAGAGAAUUGGAACUUGGUGGUCCUGUGCAGUACAGAUGGAUGUAUAUUUUUGAGCGUUAUAUGCAUCAUCUGAAGAAGAUGGUCAAAAAUCAAAGCAGGGUGGAAGGAUCUAUAGUGGCACAGGUGAUCAAUGAAGAAACUGCAAUCUUUGCUGAAAAUUAUUUUCCACCAGAAGUGCAUACAAAACACCGAAGACCUGCUCGGCAUGAUGACAGAGGGGAGAGAGCAACAUAUCAUGUUACUGUCCCAAGCAUGUUCAAGGAAAUAGGACGACUUAGCGGAAAAUUCACGAAGCGCAGACUUACGGACACUGAGCACGCUCAUUUGCAAACAUAUUUGCUCACCAACUGUGAAGAUGUUCUACAAUAUGAGAGUGUAUAUAUGGCGGAGUUGCGUAUGACUCACAGGCAUGCAACAGAAGAUGAGCUUCAACAACUUAGAGAUAACGGAUUUGCUGUGUGGCUUCGUAGUUAUGUGAAUGAUGGUUUGGCCAGAGGUUUUGUGUUCGAUGAUUGGAUACGCGAAUUUGUGCAGGGACCAAACUAUGUGGUCAAAUCAUAUCCAAAAUUUUGUACGCGAGGAUAUGCAUUCACAAGGAAAGGUCAUUCUAAGACAACAUAUGAUGCUGGUGUUUCAUCUUCUUCCGGUGACGAUGUCUACUACGGCAACAUAAAAGAAAUAUUGGAAAUCCAAUUUCCUGGAAUGGUUGGAUUGCGUUGUGUAGUAUUCUAUUGUGAUUGGUAUGACACCACCCCAGAUAGAGGAGUGAAGAUUGAUGCGUUUGGUGUUACAUCAGUUCAUUCGCGGCGGAAACUUCAAUACUAUGAUCCCUUCAUUCUUGGUUCGCAAGCUGAUCAGGUAUGUUACAUCAGUUACCCUCGGGUGACGUACAGAGAUGAUCCAUGGGUCACUGUAACGCAAAUCAACCCAAGAGGACGAGUGGAUGGAACUUCUGAUGAUGAUGAACCAUUGCAACCAGAGUCUACCAGCAACGCCCAGGCAGUUGAAGAUUUGGCAAAUGUUGAACUCGUUGAGGAUUUGACUGAGUUUGGACUUGAUGCUGUUGUACAUUCGGAACCAGAAGCUGAGGUUGGGGAGUUUGAUGAAGAUUCAGAAGAUUCGGAUUAGUUUUUUUUUUUUUUUUUUUUUCCAUUUGGUCCGUCGGAAAUCCAUCGCAAAAUACCGACGAGAUAGCGACGAUAAAGAGUUUCAUGAAAGUCUGGAGAUGUCCUCGGUAAUUCGUCGCAAUAUACCGACGACAUCCCGACGAACUAACAGAGUUCGUCGGAAUGUCGUCGGUAUAGUGCGACGAAUUACCGAGGACAUGUGUUUUUAAAAAGUCCUCGGUAAUUCGUCGCAAUAUACCGACGACAUUACGACGAACUCUGUUAGUUCGUCGGGAUGUCGUCGGUAUAUUGCGACGAAUUACCGAGGACAUGUGUUUUUAAAACAUUUCCAACAUAAAAAUCUAUAAAUUUAUAUGCCAAAACUAUGAAAAUAAUACAUAAUAAGUGUUUAGUAUAGUAUUAGAUCGCAACCGUUCAAAUAUAACAAUUCAUAAAAAUAUUUAUGUAUGCAUAUCACAUGUUUUCAUAACAUCUCAUCUUAACACUCAUAUACUUAUACAAUCACAUUCAUCUAAUCUUACACUACAAAAAAUGUUGUUGUAUAAAUUCGUGUUAUCAAAACAUUUCUACUGUUAAAUCUUUAUGAAAAUACUAUAUAUAUUAUCAAAGAUUUGGAUUUUGCUUUUAGAAACUUGUAACCAACCCUUAAACACUAAGUCGUCAGUAUUCCGUCGGAAUGAGUCGUCAGUAUUCCGUCGGAAUAUACUGACGAACUUAAUUCCGUCGGAAUUGUAAUUUACCCGGGAAAACCAAACCGCGUGAAAUUUUCGCGGACCGCCAAUUGAUAUAUAUUUAAUGAUACCGACGGAAUACUGACGAACCCGUGUCCGUCGGAAUUGUUAAAUAUAAUUACUCAUCUUCUUCCUUCUUCGUUAUUUCCGCCUCCGGCUCUCUCUCAAUUCUCUCCGCGAUUUCUCUCCCUUUCACGGCGAUUCCGGCCGUUCUCGAGCCCCCAUCACCGGCGGCCCCCAUUC